AUGAAUCGAGGUCGACGUCGUGGUGGCGGUCCGAACUUAUCAGGUCUUCGUGAUGGUGUGAAACGUCGUCUAUUUGAUCCCCACUCUGUUCCUACCAAACCUGAUCCUAAGUUCGAGGUCAGCCGUUUGAUACCUUUCUCCGUCCCUAAGGUUACCAUUAACUCAUCUUUAAGCGAUUCCAGCGCUAACAACAAUCCAGACGUAGUAAAAGAUGAUAUCGAUAGUUUACAGAUAAAUUUGUUUGAAAUAACGGCCAAAAUGGAAGCUGCAUUUCGUUCUGGUCCAUUUUAUCACUCAGUUCCAGAGCUAUCAGAAGGAAUCGAUGUAUCGUCUUUAUUAUCCAGUAACAGCUUAAAUCUCAGAAAAAAAUCACAAAAUAUGGUAUCUCUUUUACAUCUUCUGGUCUCUCAUGAAAUUAAUCAGUGGUCUGACGAAGAUAUGAAUAUAAAAGAACCUGAGGAUUUCUAUCCCAAAGAACUGAUUUCUCGAACCCGAAUCAAUUUAAAAAGUAAUAGGCGUGCCACGCGAAAAUCAAAAUUGGCUUCUCGACGUAGUAAGCAGAAUUACUGCGAUAUUGAUCAAGUUAUAACUGACAGUUUUAUCCAACAAGUCACUGAAACUGUUCCAGAAAAUGACGAAGAUGUAGAGAAAAUCGAUGUAAAUAAUAGUGAAAAUGAAGAUGCAGAUUCAGAAGAUGCUCGGUGGAAUGGUGAUGUUAAUCAAAAUGAUGAAAUUGAUGAACUUGAUGAUGAUGAAUUUGAUAAUGAUUAUUGUCAAGAAUAUUUCGACAAUGGUGAAAAAGAUUUUAGUGAUGAUGGUCUAGGUGGUGAUGAUGAUGGAGGAGGUGCUAAAUAUUAUGAAUAA